CCCGAUGUUUGUCACCAACACCUAGAAUGUUAUUGUGACUGCUUUGACAAAUGAGCCAUUCCUCUCAUUAGGCAGAAUGAAGACGCGUGGCCGAGGCCUCAAAAUAUUUCCUUUUUAAAGGGAAUAGCCCUCAUUUGACGCAGAGGAUAAAAUGACAUUGGCGUCCAUGCCAUGAGAAUCAAGGGCUAUCUUCUAUUCAGAUACUUUCAUCCAAAUUACUGAAUUAUUUGAGAGUAAUACAGAUCCUCUCUCGAAGCAUAGUAGGAUUGCUCGAAGACCUCAAGCCAACACAAUCUAUGCACUGAACUCUGCCACAAAAUGUCUCGCUAUGCGGAGGUCCACAAACAACCGGCGGGUCCAGGAGACGCCCGGCCGACUGCCUUGCAAGUAAUCGAAGAUGAAGGUUUAGAAGGAAACAUGAAAGACAAGGUUUUUCUAAUCACUGGCUGUUCGUCAGGAAUCGGCAUCGAGACCGCCCGCGCGAUCGCGGCAACCGGCGCCCGGGUUUUCCUAGCCGUGAGAGAUCUUACCCGGGGACGAACAGCCUGCGAAUCUUUCCUUGACCCGGGUCGCGUCGAGCUCCUACAGCUGGACACGAGCUCACUCUCCUCCGUGAAAGCCGCUGCCUCGAACUUCUUGGAGAAAUCUCAAACCCUCAACGUGCUUAUCUGCAACGCAGGCAUCAUGAUGAUACCCACAUACGAGGAGUCUGCGGAUGGGUUUGAAAUCCAACUCGCGACCAACUAUCUGGGCCACUUCUUGCUCUUCUGGCUCCUGAAGGAGGCCAUGCUCAAGGCCUCCACUCCUGACUUCAACUCGCGUCUCGUCAAUGUAUCGAGCAGCGGCCACCACGCGUCGGAAGUACAGUUUGAGGAUAUUAAUUUUCACCGAGGGGGAGCGUAUGCGCCUAGCAAAGCCUAUGGCCAGAGCAAGCUUGCGCAGAUUUAUAUGGCCAACUAUGUCGACCGGCAUUAUGGGCCUGCUGGCCUUCACGCGCUGAGCUUGAUGCCUGGGGGGAUUUUUACGAACUUGCAAAAGCAUGUGCCGCAAGAGAUCAAGGAUGGUUGGACAUCAAAUCCUGAGAUCAUGAUGGUUUUAAAGAGUCACGAGCAGGGCGCAGCAACAACGGUGGUGGCGGCAGUGGCAAAGGAGUGGGAAGGCCGGGGUGGAAAGUACUUGGAGGAUUGCGAGGCCUCCAGUCCGGAGGCCCUAGUGCAAGGCUUUCGGGGAUUCAAGGAGUACGCCUUUGAUGAGGGCAAGGAGGAACGGCUGUGGGAACUUACGCUUGACAUGCUCGGACUUGCAGAAGCAUAAUUCAGGGUGUGAAGUCGGGGAUUAACCAGCUAGCUCGAUAUAGGCAAUGUCAAAUGAUGUGAAUGAAUUGGCAUAACA